AUGCAGGUCUUAGGAAGAUCUAAUGUAUCAAAAGUGCUAAAACAGACUUCAUCGUGGACUAAUAAUACUUAUUUAGUAACAUCAUGCAUGACUAGGUUGAAUCUAUCUAAUAAAUUAGGUUUUCAUUUUUUUACGACAAGUCGUUAUUUUAAUACAUCUAGCAGAACUCUAGCAAUGAAGUCGGCAGUAACAAUUGAGAAAUUACAAAUGCUUCGAAGUUUAAUGGCCGUCUAUAAUAUUCAAUGCUAUGUUAUACCAACUGAAGAGGAACACCAAUCGGAGUAUGUAUCAAAAUCUGAUGAAAGAAUAUCUUUGAUAUCUGGCUUUACUGGUUCAGCUGGUGUCGUAUGUAUUAUUAAUGAAAAUUCUACCAAUAACAUAGAAACUAAUGUCGAUAGAAGUACAAUUAACUGGAAAGCUAUUUUAUCCACAGAUGGUAGAUAUUUUAAUCAGGCUUUAAAGGAACAAGAAGAUAACUGGCAAUUACAUAAGCAAGAUAUUGACAAAAGUUCUUGGCAACAAUUGUGCAUUAGGGAAACACUAAAUUUAUCAAAGCCAACCAACAACUCAAACCUGAGAAUUGGUCUUGAUCCCAAGUUGCUAUCAUAUGAUGAUAUGGUUAAAUUUACAGAUGAGAUACAGAAGUUGAUCUCAGCAACAGAAACACAGAAGAUCACCUUGGUGGCUGUAGCAACUAAUUUAGUCGAUAUCGUUUGGAAUAAAUUAGGUGGGAAACCAUCAAGGAUGAGUAAACCGAUUUAUAAAUUAGAUGACAAGUACACUGCUAAAAAUUUUGAAUCCAAAAAGGUAUGA